AUGGAUAUGGUUGCGGAUAGGAGGUCUCGUCAGUAUAAAUUAGGGGUGAUACAGUUCUGUAAAUUUGCCUUGGAUAAUGCUAAAGACCCUAACCAUAUUCCCUGUCCUUGUACAAAUUGUGGAAAUGUUGACUACUUUUCUGCAUCUGUAAUAAGGGACCAUCUAUUUUUGAAUGGAAUUGAUCCGAGUUAUGAUAUAUGGAAUGAACAUGAGGAGGCAAUAUCGGAUUCAGAAAUAGAGGAAUCUGCUAAUGUUGCAGUAGCAGAUUCAGAUUCACACAGUUCACACUCUGUGAAUGGAAAUGAAAUACCUGAAUAUGAAGUAGGGUCAGGUAGUGAUGCAGAGAUGGAAAGUGAUGAGUGUAAUGAGUUUAGGCAGUUUGUCGAUGACGCCAAUAAACCAUUAUAUACUGGUUGUGAUAGGCACACACGGUUGAAUGUUCUAGUAAGACUUUACAACUUGAAAGCGAAGCAUGGUAUGAGUGAUGUUUCUUUCUCUGAGUGGUUGAUUGCAUUUGCGGAGUUUCUUCCAGUAGGCAAUGAGAUACCUGCCUCUGUUUAUGAGGAAAAGAAGACUUUGAGUUCUCUAGGAAUGGGUUACACUAAAAUUCAUGCCUGCCCAAAUGAUUGUGUUCUGUAUAGAAAAGAGUAUGCUGAUGCAAUUGAGUGCCCUACAUGUGGUACUUCAAGGUGGAAAUUAGGUAAAAACUCCAAAGAGAGGGAAGGUGUACCUGCAAAGGUAUUGUGGUACUUUCCCCCUAUUCCUAGGUUUAAGAAAAUGUUUCAGUCAAAGGAUACAUGUAAGAUUCUGACUUGGCAUGCUACUAACAGAAAACGCGAUGGCUUGAUGCGACAUCCGGCCGAUGCAGCUUCGUGGAAGUUAGUAGAUGAUAAAUGGCCAGACUUUGGUUCUGACCCUAGAAACCUACGACUUGCAUUGUCAUCAGAUGGGUUCAAUCCCCAUAGUUCAUUAAGCAGCAAAUACAGUUGUUGGCCUGUUAUUCUAGUCGCAUAUAAUCUGCCUCCAUGGCUCAUAAUGAAGAGGAAACACAUGUUGUUAACUCUAUUGAUUUCUGGGCCAAAACAACCAGGAAAUGACAUCGAUGUCUACUUGGAACCUUUAAUAGACGACUUGAAGCUGUUGUGGGAAGGAGUUAGUGGUGUCUACGAUGCAAGACAAAGUGAAUACUUUACUCUUAGAGGUUUACUAUUCUGGACAAUCAACGAUUUUCCAGCUUAUGGUAACCUUUCUGGAAGUAUAGUUAAAGGGUAUAAUGCAUGCCCUAUUUGCCUUGAAAAAACAAAACCAACAAGACUAGUUAAUGGAGGGAAAAUGGCUUACAUCGUGCAUCGGAGGUUUUUAGGAAGAAACCAUCCUUAUCGAAGGCAAAAGGCUGCUUUCAACAACUUUCUAGAACAUUCUCCCUCUCCUGUUCCUUUGAGUGGAGAAGAACACUGCCUUGAUGUGAUGCAUAAAGAGAAAAAUGUAUGCGAUAGUCUCAUAGGAACCUUGUUGAAUAUUCCUGGAAAAACAAAGGAUGGGGUGAAAACUCGGUUGGACCUUGUAGAAAUGGGUAUUAGAUUAGGAUUAAAGCCUGAUCUUGAAGGUCCCAAGAAGGAGCGCAUGCCAAUGGCAAGCUGGAACCUAAAGACAAGUGAAAAAAGAUGCAUAUGUGGGUCUUUUUUUGGUAUGAAGGUUCCUGAAGACUAUUCUUCUAACAUAUCAAACUUGGUUUCCAUGGAUGAUUUGAGGCUUAGUGGACUUAAAUCCCAUGAUUGUCAUGCCUUAAUGCAGCAACUCCUCCCUGUUGCCAUCCGAGGUGUGCUUGAAAAGCCGGUCAGAAUUGCUGUGAUCAGAUUAUGCUUGUUUUUUAAUGAAAUCUGCAGCAAGACUAUUGAUGUGUCAAGGCUGCCGAAAAUCCAAAGUGAACUUGUUGAAACAUUGUGUGAGCUGGAAAAGUACUUUCCCCCAUCCUUUUUUGACAUAAUGGUUCAUCUAACGGUUCACCUAGUUAGAGAGGUGGAGUUAUGUGGACCGGUUUGCUUUCGAUGGAUGUAUCCCUUUGAGAGGUACAUGAAGAUUUGCAAAGGAUAUGUUCGAAAUAGAAAUCGGCCCGAAGGUUGCAUUGCAGAGUGUUAUAUUGCUGAAGAGGCGGUUGAGUUUUUAGCAGAAAUUUUCAUCGACGACGAGACUGUUGGGAUUCCAUCUGCCACUCACAAAGAGGACAAGCCUACCUCAGGUGCUACAAUUGUUAUUGUUUACGGCAAGUUAUUCAACCAAGCUCAUCUCUGUGUGCUUCAAAACACGGAUGAAUUCAGAAGCUAUUUUGAUGAACACUUGGAAUACUUGAAGAGGGAGUUUCCAAAAUUAAUAAAGAAUGAAAAGUGGCUUACGGACAAGCAAAACAAGACAUUUGCAGAUUGGUUGAAGGAGAGGGUUGCUGUUCAACUGAGUGAACCAGAUGCUAACAUCCCUGACAUUGUCAGGUGGCUUUCAGAUAAACCAAGCAAUGAAGUACCAACGUUCAGCGGUUACCGAAUUGCAGGAGUUCAAUAUAACACAAAGAAGCGCGAUGAUCUUAGAUCAACGCAAAAUAGUGGUGUCUACUUGCUUGCUAAGACACCGCAAGUAGCUACUGCUAGGGAUAAAUUAAAGGCCAAUUAUAGAUGA